GAGCGGAGCAGCAGGUGGCGCUGUGCUCUGGCCGCACUGCGCAUGCUCAGGAGGCUCACAAUGGCACAGACCGGAGAGAAGAGGAAGCGGGAGGAUGAGGCGGACAAUGGCGGCGCCGGGGAUGGGGAGAACUCGGUGGGAGGAGAGCACCCUCUUCCCGGCUUCCGCCUCAGCGCCGUCCUGAGAGAGUCAGCGCGGGAAAAAACGAUCUUCCUGCACGGACAGGUGAGCGGCGAUGGAGAGGCCGCGGAAGACGCCGUCGUCAUCCUGGAGAGGGCGCCCUUCCAGGCCGACUCCGUGUCGGACUUUCUCGGCAAGAACCCGGCGAUGGCGCUGCAGCUGAAGAACGACAUCUACGGGGUGUACCACCUGAGUCCUCCCGCCGGGCUGAACGAAAUUAAAACAACGGUCAUCAGACCGGCCACGGAGAAGCACAUCAAGAAAUACCUCCGCCAGGAAAUCUACCUGAUCCAGGAAUCGGGGGAGGAUUACAGGAACAUCACGUCGCCAUUCAUCGAGUCUCAGAGUUUCAGCAUCCAGNNNCUUUAUAACAUCCUGGAGAAGAAGGCCGAGGCGGACCGCAUUGUGUACGAGAACCCGGAUCCGGAUAACGGCUUCGUCCUUCUCCCCGAUUUCAAGUGGAACCAGAAGCAGGUUGAAGAUUUGUAUCUUAUCGCCAUUUGUCACAAGAGAGGAAUUAAGUCUUUGCGGGAUCUUACCGCGGACCACCUGCCAUUGCUCAGGAAUAUCAUGCAGGAAGGGAAGGAAGCCAUUCUGAAGCGUUACAGCCUCCAGGGAAACCAGCUAAGGAUAUAUCUGCACUACCAGCCGUCGUACUACCACCUGCACGUACAUUUCACCGCGUUGGGCCACGACGCUCCCGGGACCACUGUUGAACGCGCCCACUUACUUCAUGACGUCAUCCAGAAUCUAGAGAUGGACUCUCGGUACUAUGAGACCCGAACGCUGACCUACGCACUGCGGGAGGAUGAAGCACUGCUGAAGAGUUUUAAAGAUGCAGGAAAAUUCUAAGUGAAUGUUUUUUUGUUGUUUUUUUUUAAACCAAUAAGUUGUUUUUUAGG